AGUCAACACUUCUCUAAUGAGGUGGCACUAUUUGUGAGUUGGAACGAUAGAAUCGCCUUAUUGCUUUAGGGGACGGCAGGGUUUAAAAGGAGAUGCCUCUCAGCCCCCUUUUCCGAUUGGAGGCCUUGUUUUAAGGUCAUUGGCAAGCUGGCUUGGCUUGUUCCCAGAAGCAGCAGCAGCCGCCGCCGCCGCCGCCGCCACCGUUGUGCCAGUAGUGUGUGUCUGGAAUGGAAGUCCAAGUUGGUAGUCUGUUAUGGAAACGCUGUUUGCUGUUAUUGUAGUAUCGUGGUGACCAACAUGCCAUUGAAAUGGAAAACGAGUUCUCCUGCUAUCUGGAAAUUCCCAGUUCCUGUGCUUAAAACAUCCAGGUCAUCGCCACUUUCUCCAGCAUACAUAUCUCUGGUUGAAGAGGAAGACCCUCACAUGAAAGUAUCUCUUGGGAGCAGCGAUAUGGGUGUGUCUGCCCAUCUGCAGUCAUCAAAGGCAGGGACCACAAGAUUUUUCACCAGCAACACUCAUAGUUCCGUAGUAUUGCAGGGUUUUGACCAGCUCCGAAUAGAAGGUUUGCUUUGUGAUGUGACGCUAGUGCCAGGCGAUGGUGAUGAAGUGUUUCCUGUUCAUAGGGCAAUGAUGGCGUCGGCUAGUGAUUACUUCAAGGCCAUGUUUACAGGUGGGAUGAAAGAACAAGACUUAAUGUGCAUUAAGCUCCAUGGCGUGAACAAAAUAGGUUUAAAGAAGAUCAUUGAUUUUAUUUAUACUGCAAAACUUUCUCUCAACAUGGACAACCUUCAGGAUACUCUAGAAGCUGCCAGCUUUUUACAGAUAUUGCCUGUGUUGGACUUCUGUAAGGUGUUUCUUAUAUCUGGGGUUUCCUUGGAGAACUGUGUUGAGGUGGGGCGGAUCGCCAAUACGUACAACCUCUCAGAAGUGGAUAAAUAUGUGAACAAUUUUAUCCUCAAGAACUUCCCAGCAUUACUAAGUACUGGCGAAUUUGUGAAACUCCCCUUUGAGCGCCUUGCCUUUGUCCUUUCAAGCAAUAGCCUUAAGCACUGUACGGAGCUGGAACUCUUCAAGGCUGCCUGUCGCUGGCUACGGUACGAGGAGCUGCGGAUGGAAUGCGCGGCCAAGCUCAUGAAGAACAUCCGGUUCCCUCUGAUGACGCCACAGGAUCUUAUCAACUAUGUCCAAACAGUGGAUUUCAUGAGGACUGACAACACUUGUGUCAACUUGCUCUUGGAAGCCAGCAAUUACCAAAUGAUGCCCUAUAUGCAGCCAGUGAUGCAGUCGGAAAGGACAGCCAUCCGUUCAGACAGCACUCACCUGGUUACGCUGGGCGGAGUGCUCCGGCAGCAGCUGGUUGUGAGCAAGGAGCUGAGGAUGUACGAUGAAAAAGCGCAUGAGUGGAGGUCUUUGGCCCCCAUGGAUGCUCCUCGUUACCAGCAUGGCAUAGCUGUGAUUGGGAACUUCCUUUAUGUUGUUGGUGGGCAGAGCAAUUACGACACAAAAGGAAAGACAGCGGUUGACACAGUGUUUAGGUUUGAUCCUCGAUAUAAUAAAUGGAUGCAAGUGGCUUCUUUAAAUGAAAAGCGAACCUUCUUCCACCUAAGUGCCCUCAAAGGACAUCUGUAUGCAGUCGGUGGUCGAAAUGCAGCUGGUGAGUUAGCCACAGUAGAGUGCUACAAUCCAAGGAUGAACGAAUGGAGCUACGUGGCAAAAAUGAAUGAGCCCCACUAUGGCCAUGCUGGCACAGUGUACGGGGGGCUGAUGUAUAUUUCAGGAGGCAUCACGCAUGACACUUUCCAAAAGGAACUCAUGUGCUUUGACCCCGACACGGACAAAUGGACUCAGAAGGCGCCAAUGACAACGGUACGGGGCCUUCACUGCAUGUGUACUGUUGGCGACAAGCUUUAUGUCAUUGGCGGAAACCAUUUUAGAGGAACCAGCGAUUAUGACGAUGUUCUAAGCUGUGAAUAUUACUCGCCAACCCUCGACCAGUGGACACCAAUCGCUGCUAUGCUACGCGGGCAGAGUGAUGUCGGGGUGGCUGUAUUUGAAAAUAAAAUAUAUGUUGUUGGAGGAUAUUCAUGGAAUAACCGUUGUAUGGUGGAAAUAGUCCAGAAGUAUGACCCGGAAAAGGACGAGUGGCAUAAAGUCUUUGACCUCCCAGAAUCCCUUGGGGGCAUCCGUGCCUGCACACUGACAGUCUUCCCUCCCGAGGACAAUACAGGGUCGCCUUCUAGAGAAUCGCCUCUUUCGGCACCUUGAGAAGCAUCCCGUUGGACUCGCCAUGUCGUCGUUCCAAUACCGUUGCGCUGCAUCAUGGGUUUCCCUCUUAUUUGUCUUCAGUAGUAUCUAUUAAAGCUGACCCUGAAGCACUUGAUACAAAAACAGGAUAGGGGUUGGGGAUGGGCCGCAAAAGGAAGUCCAGCACGUCUUGUGCUGGUUGGUCUAGAAUAUUUAUGGAGUGGACAACGGAAUAUUCUGAACAAAAUGUCUUUUUUUUAGAGCCAAACGCUUAACAAAUGAGGAAAAAUAAGGUGUCUUAAAACAAUAUAUCUUUGCAUUAGGUACAUCAGUGUUGUGUAUUAGGUGCGAGGAUUAUGUGCAGCAGUAAGUCAGGCCAGCAGGAGAAACGCAACGAACGGGGGAGCCUUGCGUGUGAAGCCUUGGAAUUGCAGGGUUCACUUUCCCUCACUUCACCUUUUGGGAGAGAGGCAGCCUCUACCGAUGCAAAUGUCAGCAGCUAUCUGGACACAGCUACCUCCAGGGUGUUAGACCUGUUUACCAACUUGACUCUGGGGGUGCUUUUCAGAGGAUAUGGCAGACAGGAGAAACCCGGCAGUUUUGAAACAAUAAAGAGCAGACCCUGAAUCUAUAAACCAGGGUGUUUUUUAAAAUAACAUAUUAAGGCUUUUUUUUCUGGUCCACCACACAAAAAACCGAGACGUAUCUGAGGUUUUCAGUUUUCUUUCCCUUCUCCUUUC